AUGGCUGGAGCGCUGAGUUUCAGCAGCCAACCAACCAAGACGCAUUUAUCAUCGACACAGACAUUGAUGGACACUCCUGAUAUCCAGCACAACUUGUCUGCAUCGAAUAUUCAGGGCGCUUGUAAAGAGUUCGCUGCUAUCUUGGGCCCUGAGAACGUCUCAACAGAACGUGCCGAUCGCGUUACGCACUCUGGCUCAGACUACCAAUCGUACGCCUGGACUGAGGAGUCGGCCAUUCUUUCGCAGGUGAUUCUUUAUCCUGAGACUACAGAACAGGUUUCAGAGCUUAUGAAGGUAUGCUUCCGACGUCGGCUACCAGUAACGCCGUACUCGGGAGGGACAUCGAUCGAAGGCCAGUACAUACCUCACCUACAGGGCAUAUGCGUUGACUUUGGCCGGAUGAACAACAUAGUUGAGCUCAAUAAAUAUGAUCUUGAUUGUGUUGUGCAACCAGGAAUCGGGUGGAUGGACUUGAACGAAGAGUUAGCCGCCCAUGGCCUCUUCUUCCCUCCUGACCCUGGCCCAGGCGCCAUGAUUGGAGGGAUGGUCGGUACAGGAUGCUCUGGAACGAACGCCGCGGCAUAUGGAACUAUGAAAGACUGGGUACUAUCACUCACAGUUGUCCUCGCCGAUGGCACCAUUAUCAAGACUCGGCAGAGGGCAAGAAAGUCGAGCGCAGGCUAUGAUUUGACAAGAACCUUCAUCGGAAGUGAAGGGACGCUUGGACUGGUCACAGAAGCUACGCUUAAGCUAGCAGUCAAGCCGCCUUGCGAGGCCGUGGCUGUAUGUACCUUUCCGACACUACGAGAUGCUGCGUCUGCAGUUCGAGAAGUGUUGUCCAAUGGCAUCCAGGUGGCAGCUGUUGAGAUUCUUGAUGAAGUACAGAUGAAGAGCAUCAACGAUUCUGCCUUGACAAGGCUGAAGUGGAAGGAAGAGCCAACACUGUUCUUCAAGUUCACAGGGAGCGAUGAGUUCAUUGUGGAUCACCUCGCCAAAGAAGUCGGAAGUAUCACGAAGCAAAACCACAGCACGACAUACACAUUCGCUUCCGAUGAGACAGAACGAAACGAAUUAUGGUCCGCAAGAAAAAACGCACUAUGGAGCAUGCUAGCCAUGCGAAAGUCACCCACUGACAAAGUUUGGACCACUGACGUUGCUGUGCCUCUAAGUAGACUUCCUGAUAUCAUCGAGUUUGCCAAAGCCGACAUCGAGAAGUCAGGGUUGCUUGGCUCAAUCGUUGGGCACGUUGGUGACGGAAACUUCCAUACCCUGUUACUUUUCCCUGAGGAGAAGCGCCAUAUCGCUGAAGAUGUUGUUCACAGAAUGGUCGACAAGGCUAUCGAGAUGAAAGGUACAGCGACGGGCGAGCAUGGUGUUGGACUUGUGAAGAGGGACUAUUUGGAGAAGGAGCUUGGCAAAGAAGCUGUCGAUGCGAUGCGAUCGGUGAUUCGUAUGCAGGCAGCAUCAGAGCUCUGUAUGGCAGUCGAGUCCAUAUUCUCCUACGCCUUCCUAUACCGCUUUCAUGUGGACAACAGCUACGCAGACAAAGCAGAAGUGGCAGCUUUCAACGCAUUUCCAGCCGCCAUGAGUCCAGACUGGUGGUCUCACCAGUAUGUCACGCAAACAAACCAAAUCUGGUCCGGAAAUCUGACCCAAAACCCAUUUUUCAAUGUCGUUUCUUAUGCAAAUACAUACGGCUUGGAACAAUUUUUAUUUACUAUGGUGCUCUAUCCACUCGACAUCCCUUAUACGGAGACGCACCACCAACCGCUGAAUUGGAUCGAUCGCAAGCCUCUCGCAGAUGACGAGGUGCACCCCAAGGCCCACGAUCAUGUGCUAGAACCUACUGAGCUUUGGCAAUAUGCAAUCGACCCAGAUAGCAUCGUCGUCAAGACGUCCACAUCAUCCGUUAGGAAACUGCCUAACCCGAUCUUUGCAAAGGAUGCUCCCCCAGUUUUUCUUACAGUCGAUGCGUGGAAGAUUGCCUGGCCAGCGGAUAAUGAUGCGGCGGCGUGGCCUCCAAUUGACCCAGUGGUCGACAAGGAUAAGAAGGAAAAGAUAAAAUUGGUCCCGUUUGGAUCGGCCAAGUUACAUAUUGCACAAUUCCCUGUGGCAAAACCUGAAUAG